AUGAUACUUACCUUUGAAAGUAAGGCAGAGUACGAAAAUUUUCGAGCAAUCAAAACUGACUUUAAAAAGAAGAUUUGGCUUGGUAACGUAAAGCACUCUUCUUUCCUUGAAUGGGAUUAUGAUACUCCACGUUUCAUCAACGAUGAAAGUCGAUCUUAUGAGUGCUAUAGUUUUAAUGCAACAACAAUUAAUCCCACUGACUGUAAAGAACAGCUUCCAUUUGUCUGCAAGAAGUCAACUGUUAAACAAGAUGAAAAGAUCUGGGUGGGACGAAGGAAGAUUAAACAAUUAGUGCAUCAAUCUCCAGAUCCACAAGAGUUGCGAAAGCCAAUUACCCCAUCUAAUUUAAAAUCAUGCCCUGCAGUAGUUGGUGAAGAAUUGUUGAGGCGAAAAUGUUCUAAAACAUACGACGUUUAUUUUGAGGAAUACAUGGGUAAAGACAAAUGUCCACCUUAUACGAUGAAAUAUGGUGAAUACUGUUACUUUGCAAUUUUCUCGCUAGCUAUCUUCUCUAAAAUGCCGAAGAGGAAACCUAAAAAUCUGGAAUCGCUUGUUAGGUUAUAUCAAGCCAAAGUGAAAAAAUUUUCCAGAGUGGAGAAAUUUUGGGUUUCGGAGUUACAGACAGAUGAGUGGGAAAGAGUGAAAAUUUUUUAUUAUGGAAGUUUAGUAAGAUAUGAAACUGCUGUGCAGAUAUGUGCUAAUGAAGGCGGAUUCUUGGCUUCAUUCGUGGACGAGAAAGAAGAACGUGUGUUAGAAAAGCUUGCUGUGACCAGAUACUUUUGGCUUGGACUAUCACAGAACGACAAUACUUGGGAGUGGCAUGAUGGACUGAAUGGAGAUUACAUAGAAAAACAGAUUGAAAAUAAUCGGUUUCACACAAUGAGAGGGAAUGAAGAAAAUACUCGCGUGUUUGCUGAUAGGGAAACAAUGGCGUGGUAUGAGACCGGUAGCGAUCAGGACGAAUUUUCUGUGCUGUGUAAGUUCCACGAGGUUGAUCAGAAUAAGUGUCCGACGUAUUUUUCUCUACAGGAUUACUUCUUGCAACCACCAGAAAGCGUUUCAGUAAACGACGGAGAGCGCCACUAUUGCCUCUAUGACUUCAAGCUUUCUAAGGAAAUGUUUGGCGAGACAGAGGUGAUCAACGAAACAGUCACGUUUGAAACCGCAGAAAAUUUUUGCAUUGACAAAAUGAAUAGCGAAUUUUUACGUCCAGAAUCCGCAGAUGAAUUUGUUUUUUUGCAUCAAAGCAGAAUUUGUUAUCCAUCUUGGGAAAAAGGUGACAGUACGUGUUAUCGCAUCUAUUCCACAUACAAAAAUAAGACGAGUGCAGAGAAGAUUUGUGAAUCGAUGGCAAAUGGUUAUUUGGCUUUCAAGGAACUGACUCGGGACCAGACCUCUGUGAAGGAAUACAUUAGAGAUGACUGCUAUUAUGUUGGAAUAUAUAAAGACCCUUACCAAAAACUUAAAUGGAUUUUUCCUGACGGAACUGAAGUACCACAAUCUGUAAUGUCGUCACAGCGAGCAAACUACGACUGCGCGUGCAUUAAAGCAACUGAUACGAUUAAAUAUUUCCAUUCAAAGUGUGAUGGUAUGAGACCCUUCAUUUGCGAAUACAAAAGUAGGUUUUACGCACAAAACUACCAUCUUACACUCAUUAUUUUACAUAACUCUUUCCAUAGGCUCGGUGAUCGGACACACUAA